GCCUCUCGGCGUCCGACCUAGUUCGCGGUGACAUGGCUAAACGCACCAAGAAGGUCGGAAUCGUUGGUAAAUACGGGACCCGUUAUGGCGCCUCCCUCAGGAAAAUGGUGAAGAAAAUUGAAAUCAGCCAGCACGCCAAGUACACCUGCUCCUUCUGUGGCAAAACCAAGAUGAAGAGGCGAGCCGUGGGGAUCUGGCACUGUGGUUCCUGCAUGAAAACCGUCGCUGGUGGUGCCUGGACCUACAAGUGAGUCCAUUUCCUUGUG